AUGUCGCUCUUCUCACGUCGGAAAAAUCCUGAUCAAUUGGUAAAGCUGUUGAAGGAUGCACUAGCAGAUCCGUCUGCUCCUGCUAAACCUUCUAAGGAUGGGACGCCCGUUGAAGAAGUUACGAAACGUCUGAGUGAAAUGAAAUUGCUGCUGUAUGGGGAUGGAGAACAGGAGGCAAAGCCAGAGAAAUGUGCGCAAAUGGCCGAGCUACUGAUUGCGAGCGGACUCGUUCCCAGGCUCAUCACGGGGCUGGACAAGCUGCCUUUUGAGGCACGUAAGCAGUUUGCGCAAGUUUAUAACAACCUCAUGCGUCGUGACCUUGGGGGCUUUGUAAGCCACACGGAACGUAAGCCUGAAAUUCUGUCGGCGCUUGUGGCAGGCUAUGAAAAUCCUGAAGUGGCGCUGAAUUGUGGUACUAUGCUGCGUGAGUCAAUUCGCCACGAGAUGCUGGCAGGCAAGAUACUGUACUCUCCUGAUCUUUGGAAGUUCUUUGAUGUGUAUGUGCACCUACCCAACUUUGAAGUCGGCUCGGACGCAUUUGCGACUUUCAAAGAUCUGUUCACGCGCCACAAGACUCUUGCUGCGACAUUCUUUACGUCCAACUUUGACGUUGUGUUUGCAAAGUACAAUAGCCUGCUGAUGUCCGAGAACUAUGUGACCCGACGGCAAUCACUGAAACUACUGGGGGAGAUCCUGCUCGAUCGAUCCAAUUUUGACAUCAUGAUGAAGUAUAUUGGGGAGAAGGAGAAUCUGAAGAUGAUGAUGAACUUGCUACGUGACACAAGUGCAAACAUCCAGUUUGAAGCUUUUCACGUGUUUAAGGUGUUUGUGGCGAAUCCUAAGAAACCAGAAGCGAUCUCUCAGAUCCUUGUGAACAACCGUGAGAAGCUUAUUGCAUAUCUGAAGAAUUUCCAGAACAACAAAGAGGAUCCUCAAUUCAUUGAGGAGAAGGCGUUACUGAUCAGGACACUGGAGGGUUUGAAGGUAGGCGAACCUGCAGCGCAGGUAGUUUCUGCCCCGUUGUCAGAGUGA